GCGACUGCCAGGAUGAGAGAAACAUUUAGACGGAGAUGAUGAUGGUGAUUCAUUGUCCUGAAAGCAAAGCAGAAUAAUUAAUACUCAAUAAUGUUCAUACAAAUAAGGUCUUGAGUCCAUGUGACAUGUGGUAUUUCUCUCCGGCGGCGCUACCGUUGCCAGGCAACACCGGCGUAAACAAACACUGAAUGUCAACAAGUGGCAAAGCUCUGGUAUUUCGCAGUUCUCAACCAAUUUUUGUAUUAAUUCCCAUGUAGUUAUGGGUAACUUGACUUCAUAAACACAAUGAAGAUGAUGCAGCUACUGAAGAUGAAUAAGUAUUCAUAAUGGAAACUACCCCCCUCGGGAAGAUCAUGUAGUACAACUGUCUCAAUAGAAAAAGGAGGAAAACACUUCCAAAAUGUUUAUAUAUCUUAGUAAAAAGAUUGCCAUACCUAACAACAUUCACUUGAGGUGUGUGGGCUGGAAUAAGGAACAAGGCUACAUUGCUUGUGGGGGUGAUGAUGGCUUGCUUAAAGUUCUGAAAUUGGAAGCUGGCAAAGAUGCCAAGAUAAAAGGUCUUGCAGCUCCCUCUAAUUUGUCCAUGAACCAGACAUUAGAGGGGCACUCGGGAACAAUUCAAGUUGUCACAUGGAAUGAAUCUCACCAGAAGUUAACAUCUUCUGACCAGAGUGGUCUUAUUAUUGUCUGGAUGUUGUACAAGGGUUCUUGGUAUGAAGAAAUGAUCAAUAAUAGAAAUAAAUCUGUAGUACGUGGGAUGGCAUGGAAUGCAGAUGGACAGAAGAUUUGCAUUGUUUAUGAAGAUGGUGCAGUAAUUGUGGGAAGUGUGGAUGGAAACAGGAUUUGGGGGAAAGAACUCAAGGGCCACCAUCUCAUGGGUGUGGAGUGGUCCCCUGACUCCUGCUUGCUUCUCUUCUCUCUUCACAAUGGAGAAGUGCAUGUGUAUGACAACACUGGUGGCUUUGUUAAUCGCCUCAACAUCCAGUGCCUGGGCAGCAUGGGGUUGGGAGCAAUGGUUGUAGGGCUGACUUGGUACAAUGGACGAAAUGGUUAUGUUGAUCCAGACUGCCCUACUCUGGCUAUCUGUUAUGACAAUGGCAGAAUGCAGAUAAUGAGGAAUGAAAGUGAUGAUAUGCCUGUUCUAAUAGAUACUGGCAUGAGUGUGUGUGCCUGUCAGUGGAAUCACAAUGGUAGUGUGAUGGCUGUUGCAGGCACUCUUCAUCUCUCUGGCAUAGGAGAGAAGGAUUGCAAUGUGGUUCAGUUUUAUAAUCCUUUUGGAGAGCAUCUGCGAACUUUGAAAGUGCCUGGCAAGCAAAUAACAGCAUGUUCUUGGGAAGGUGGCUCCCUCCGUAUUGCUUUGGCAGUUGAUUCCUUCAUUUAUUUUGCAAACAUCCGUCCAGAUUAUCGAUGGUGCUUCUUCUCCAACACUGUUGUGUACACUUUUACAAAGCCUGACCGCUCUGAGGCUUGUGUCACCUUCUGGGAUACCAAGAACAAUGAGCAUUUUAUCAAGCACAUCAAAUAUCUGAUGGGAAUGGCAUCAUCUGGGGAACAUUGUGUAUUGGCUGUACGAACUGAUGAUGGCUCAGGACAGUUUGGCCUUAUCAUCUGCAAUGCUAUUGGGACACCUGUGGAUAGUAAAUACAUUGACAUUGAGCCUCAUUACUUGACAAUGACAAGCAGCUAUGUGUUUGCUGCCUCAAAAGAGAACUUCUACUUGUGGCACUUCAAGACACCCAAGGCCCAUAGCUCCAUUGAACUAAUAAGUGCAAGUAAAUUAGAACGACAAGAACGACUGUACCACAUUGAUGAUGCCCCCACUGGUAUGUCUGAUGUAUUCAGAGAAGGGGACAAACUGUAUGAGGCCACAAAUGACCCAAUAUGUUCCAUGACUGCAAGUGAAAGAAUAUUGGUUGUUGGUAGAGAAUCUGGAGCCCUGCAGCGCUACACCUUGCCUCAUGUUGCCCUUACAGCUCGAUAUUCAUUGCCUUGCCGCCCUCACCGCCUUGCACUUAACUGUAACUCUUCUCGUUUAGCCAUCAUUGACAUUACUGGAUUACUGACCUUCCUGGAUCUGGACACUCGAUCAUCAGACAAUAAUGGAUCAGAAGUGAUGGGUUCAAUACUGAAGUUUGAACGGAAAGAUGUGUGGGACAUGUGUUGGGCUCAAGACAACCCAGAAUUGUUUGCCAUGAUGGAAAAGACACGUAUGUAUGUCUUUCGGAACAUGGAUCCUGAGGAACCUAUAGCCAGCUCUGGGUACCUCUGUAACUUUCAGGAUCUUGAGAUACGUGCAGUGUUGCUUGAUGAAGUGAUGCGGGAACCAGAAUCCCCUUGUAUGGACCAUCUGUUGACCUUGGAAGUGAAGAGUCUCCGUGACACGAGGGACCUGCUGGAGAAGGUGUCCAUUAAGGAUGCUGCUGCCUUUAUUGACGAGAAUCCACAUCCUAGACUCUGGCGUUUAUUAGCUGAAGCUGCCUUGGAAAAACAGGACCUCAAAAAUGCUGAAGCGGCUUUUGUCCGAUGCAAGGAUUAUCCAGGAAUACAGUUAGUAAAGAGAAUCACAAACAUUCAGAAUGAACCCCUAAGGAAAGCAGAAGUGGCAGCAUACUUCAAAGAUUUUGAAGAAGCAGAAAGGUUGUACCUGGAAGUGGAUCGCAGGGAUCUUGCUAUUUCCCUUCGCCGCAAGUUAGGGGACUGGUUCAGAGUUGCUCAGCUACUCAAAUCUGGAUCAUUUGGGGAUGAUGUGCAGAUGGAAGAAGCUCUAAACAACAUUGGUCAUUAUUAUGCAGACAGACACAAGUGGGAUGAUGCUGUAAAACAGUUUGAAGCUGCACAUAAUCAUGAAAUGCUGAGUAGAUGCUACUAUCAACUGGAAGAUUUUGAGUCUUUAGAAUCUCUUGUACGCUCAUUGCCUGAAAACUCUUCCCUCUUACCAACCAUUGCAGAGAUGUUCACCAGUGUAGGAAUGUCUCAACAAGCUGUUGCCGCAUAUAUGAAGUGCAAUCGUAUUAAGUCUGCUAUUGAUACUUGUGUGGCUCUGAAUCAGUGGCAUGAAGCUGUGGAACUUGCAAAGCAGCAUAAUGUGACGGAAAUAAGUGCCCUCCUGGCUCGCUAUGCUUCACAUCUCUUGGAGAAAGGCAACCGUUUACAAGCCAUUGAACUUUAUCGCAAAGCAGACAAGCUUCUUGAUGCUGCAAAAUUAUUAUAUCAGAUUGCAGAAGAGGAAGGCAAAAAGAAGGCACAUCCUCUACGUGUAAAGAAAAUUUAUCUAUUGGCUGCUCAGCUUGUUCAGGAACACAACCUGAAGAUGAAGGAGACCAUGAAGGAGGGUGGAAGUCGGAGUGCAGCCUUGAUGGGCCUGUUUGAUGAUGGACCAGGACUCACAGGAGAUAUAGACAAAGCAGGUUCCUACAACAGUAUGUUGGACAGUCCUUGGAAAGGAGCAGAAGCUUUUCAUUUUUUUCUCCUAGCUCAGCGACAACUUUAUGAAGGUUAUGUUGAUGCAGCUAUGAAAACAUGUCUUCAUUUAAGAGAUUAUGAGGGGAUUCUUGACCCAGAGGACAUUUAUGGACUUCUGGCUUUAGCUUCUUGUGCUAAUCGUGCUUUUGCUACUUGUUCUCGAGCAUUCAUAAGGCUUGAAGCACUCCCUGAGAUCUCCCAUGAAAAAAAAGAAUCAUAUGAAGAUCUUGCCAUGAACAUUUUCAUGAAAUACAGCCCAAAGGAUUCCCGAAGCAAUAGAGCAGAAUGUACCAACUGUGAAACAAUGAUUCCUGACUGGAUUAGUGUGUGCCCCAGUUGCAACACCCGCUUUGCUACAUGCAUCGUGACAGGCCGACCAAUAAUGGAUGUUACUGCAGUAUGGACUUGUCAAGCUUGCAGGCACUCAGCACUGGAACAAGACAUGACCAUGCGAGCUCACUGUCCUCUGUGUCAUGUAAUCAUUGCCAAUUGAUAGUAAAAGUAAAAAUCUUAAUGUGUUUUCAGAUGCUUUUGAAAACAUACACAAAAGGGAAUUAAUGUGUUUUCAGAUGCUUUUCAAAAUUAACAUUUAUGGUAAUUUUACAGGAGCAUUUUUAAGUGUCAUACAAUGAUAAUGAACAAGAUAAAGCUUCACAGGAUGAAUCUUCAGUGUUGGAAGUCUUGUUUCUGUGCCAUGAAAAAAAAAUUAGAAAGAUUUAAACUGCCUGCAUGAGUUAUCUCACUGUUUUGGUAAUUCCUUUAAGGGAGUUGCCACAAGAAGCCACAAUGGCCAUAAUAUUGUUUCUGUCCUAUUACACAAUUCUUAUUUACUUGUGUGUAUCACAUUUAAUAGCAUGUUCAUUACACAUCAUACUUUUGUAUGACAUCUAUAGCAAUUAUUUUUCUCAAAAAGCACAAACAUAUUUGGCAAAUAUUGUUGCAUUUGACUCAGGUUUCCUUCUUAUACACUCAUCUGACUCUUCUUUGUGUACUUUCCUGCCAAAAGUUUGUUAAUAUAUCAUAUGAUCCAUUUUGCAAACCAUACUAAUGACAUGCCACAUGGCAAAAGUCUUCAAAUACAUAAUCAUGAUUGAGUUAUGCUGCAGGUGAUGGCAUGUUUUGUGCCACCUCUCACUCCUAGUCUAGUCAAUUGCAAUCUCCUAAGUGUGAUAAUGUGGCAUCAAAGGCCUGAAUGUUGGGAGGUGAGUGAUGAAGGGAUAACAGGCAUCUCUUAGAAUAGAAAGCCAAAAUGCCAAAAUUAUCAGGUUUGAAAGAUUCACUAAAUGCACAAUGAAAGGGAAGGGAAAAGUAAUUAAGUUGCACAAAGGUACAAAGACAAGGAAUCUCUCUGUUCUUUAAUUCCCUUUGAUCUUCCCACAAAAGUCUGCUUUAGUUGCACUUCCUUUGAUCCCUUCAUCAGUCUUUAGUUUUGUUUAAAAAGUCCUGAGCUCACCUUUCUCUUUAUGUCCAGUAAUGACAAAAAUCAGUUUUUAAGCCACCAAACAAAAAAAUUUGAAGCAGUUGACACAAGUUACAUAUUUUACCCUUAUUCUAAUUAUUUGCAUUUGGUAAGCUCUCUCAAGCACAAUGGUUAUCAAAUGCAAGAAUUCAUUCUAAAAUCUUAUCAAGAAACAAGCUAUCAUUUAUAUAAGGUCUCAUGGCAUAUGAAUGAUGGCAAAAAUAAACUCUUGCUGUGUUCACUUCCUUAUACAGCAGUAACAUUAAAAUUUGCAAUAAUGUGAGCAUCAUAUUGCAUAGACUGGUAACCUCCCUCUUAAUCCUCAUCUACAUGAUUGAGCACUGCCUGACAGGCAAACCAGUGGAAUGCCUGUGCCUGAGCAAAAUCACUAGAUAAUCCCAGCUGCCCAAUAGAUUGACUGCUGCCAUCCAGCACCCCUAUGUAUAUGAUGACAUAGGGUUUGCUUGGUAAAUGAGCAACAUCUGCUGGGCACUGUUAUGAUUGUUUGGGCUGGUUUGACCUUACAACAAAAAAAUAGGCUACAAGAAAAUAAUUAUAUAACAACUUGAGCUAGCUCCUUGCACUUUUAAUUUUUUUUUCCUUAUGUAGGAAGAACACUAGCCAAGGGCAACAAAAUCCAAUAAAAAGAAAAAAAAAAAAAAAAA